AUGUGGGCGAGGCCUUGGCCUUGGGUACUGCAUGCUCUAGCCUUGGCAGCAUGCCUGUGGGGUACUGGUUUGGUCAUCGCACAGCCUGAUAUCAACGAGGACACCGAAGAGGAAGAAGGGAUGGACCUCCAGCCGAGGACUGGCCUCAGGGGUCUCCUAUCCAACAGGUCCAAAGGGCAGACCUCUAAGGAACUCCCGAAAGGGCAGGUUGUCUCCAAAUCCCCCGCUCCUCCUCCCCCUCCCUCGUCGGGCGCGGCACUGAAGCCUAUGCCUAACCUAAGGCGAAAAAGGCCUGUAGAAGAGGCGGAGGAGGGAGAGGUUGCCCGUGAGAAAGCCGGGCCUAAAAAGAAGGGCAAGGAAACGAAAGAGCCCCGAGAAAAAAGAACCAGGUCCACUGAGAGCCGAGAUGAGGCGGUCACCCAACAAAUUUAUGUUGCUGAGGAGUGGGCCAAGCAGGCUCGUGAGGAUGCGCAUAAGGAGGCUCAGUCCCGUGCUACAGCUGAGAGGGCCGCGAGCGAUCUCAAACGAGAUCUUGAUCGUAAGGAUCAUGAGCUGAAAGAAAUAAAGAAGGCCAAUGCGAGUGCAGAGGCUGGCCUGAAGACUGCUGAAAAGCAAACCGAAGAGCUGCGCAAGCAGCUCCAACACUCUGAGGAAAAACUGUCAGCGGAGCAACAAGCGGUUUCGGAGCUUAAGGCUGAGCUUGCAAGGGCAAAGGAGGAAGCCCGCUUGUCCAGGGAGGUUGCCGAGAAGGCUGUGGCGGCUUCGUAUGAACGUGGGGUUCACGAUACUGAGGAAAGAUUGACCGAGGAAGUCGCCACUCUCUGCAGGGAUUAUGUCACCUCGACCUGGGGAUUGGCCAUGGAUAGGGCAGCCGUCCCCGCAGAUUCUGAUCUCAGGAAAGCUGAGAACAUCUUUUACCCUGCGGAGAUACGUGAGACUCCUGGGGAGGUCGCCUCCACUGAGCUUCUUCCAGCAGAUCCCCCCGUUCCCGAGACUGGAGGCAUGGAGCAAGCUAUGCAGGGCCAGUCACCCGAGGACAGUCUUCGCAUCAGCGAGAUCCUUGCCCAGGCCCAGGAGAUCGCCCCGGAGAACCCAGCAGUGGAUGAUCAGCCUGCCCCAACUAAGGGCCCUUAG